AUGUCGACCUCAGUGUUUCAAAUUCUUCUGCUUCUGGUUUCCCUCAAGUUGCAAGCAUCAGGUGCUGCACCUCGACUUGCGAAGCCUAACUGUCCUGAAACAUGCGGGAACGUAACCAUUCCCUUCCCCUUCGGAAUGGGAGCCGGGUGUUUCUUCGAGGAAUGGUACCAGAUCGUCUGCAAACAAAACAACACGGUCAUUCUGAAGAAGAUUGGAUUGCGAGUUCUCAACAUUUCACUCCCCGAUGGAUACGUGGAUGGUAUGAUUAACAUUAGCCUUCCUGUAAUUUACUCAAAUGCAAGCCGCGGGGGUGACGUACGUGCUGCGAGGGUGAGCUUGGAAGGAAGUCAAUUUGUCUUCUCCCAGACAAGGAAUGUCUUUACAUUGGUCGGUUGCAACACCCUGGCCACAGUGAAUACCACACAAUCAGCUUUUGUCGGUUGCAGGUCGAGAUGUGCUGGAACCAACACCAACUUUAGCUGGAAUGGUUCUUGUUCCGGGAGGGAUGGCUGCUGCCAGACUAUGCUCCCCCUUAACCUUCAGGGCUUUAGUGUGGAUUUCAAAGAAGAAGGUGGACAUCAGGGGUGCAAGUACGCUUUCUUGAGGUCUGACUUUACAGGUUUAUAUGAUUUGAAAUUGAAUGAGACGGUUCCAGUGGUGCUGGAAUGGGGGAUUGCGAACAAUACUGGCUAUGGAGACGAGCUUAUCCAGCAGGCCAAGAUUCCUACUUAUCCUUCCGUAUGUCACACACAAAGCGUUGCCGGCAGUGAAAUGCUAUUUACACGGUGCUAUUGCUUAGGGGGGGAUGGUGGUAACCCAUAUCUUAUGGAAGGAUGCAGAGGAGAUGCACCUCAACCGCAAAGUGACUGUGCUGAAACAUGCGGGAGCGUCACCAUUCACUUCCCCUUCGGAAUAAAAGCCGGGUGUUUCUUGGAUGAUUGGUACCAGAUCGAAUGCCAACAAAACAACACGGUUCCCAUUCUGAAGAAGAUUGGAUUGCGAGUUCUCAACAUUUCACUCCCUGAUGAAGACGCGGAUGGCAUGAUUAACGUUAGUCUUCCUGUAAUUUACUCAAAUGCAAGCUGCGGGGGUGACGGACGUGGUCCACUGGUAAGCUUAAAAGGAAGUCCAUUUGUCUUCUCCCAGAAAAGGAACAUCUUUACAGUAGUUGGUUGCAACACUCUACUGACAGUGAAUGGUAAAGAAUCAGCUGUUUUCGGAUGCCAGUCAAAAUGUGCUGGAACCAACUUCACCAUUCGCAAGUAUAGCGCUUGUUCCGGGGAGGACGAAUGCUGCCAGAGUUCGCUCCCCUUUGACCUGCAGGGCUUUGGUGUGGAUUUCGAAGAAGAAAGCGGAGAUGAGGGGUGCAAGUACGCUUUCUUGGGGUCUGAUUCAGGUGUUUAUGAUUUGAGAUCGAGUGAUAAGGUUCCAGGGAUGUUGGAGUGGGGGAUUGCAAACAAUACCAAGUAUGCACUUGACCUUAUCAAGCAAGGACGGGGUCGCUAUAAUGAAUCUUUCUACUGUACAAGAUUUAAAAGUUUGAGCAGUGAAGUAGAAGGAAUUAUAUAUAGAUAUAGAAGCUACAGCGUCAACAGUGGUGAAAUAUUAUCUGCGCAGUGCUAUUGUCGUAAGGGGUAUCAUGGUAAUGCCUAUCUUAUUGGAGGAUGCAGAGGUAACAUAUUUCAUGCUAUCACAUUGGGAAUUUAAGUGCACAAUACAGCGAAGUGGCUUGUUCAUUCCCAGAUAUUCCCCUGAGAAGAAUUCAUACA